UGCUGCAGUGCUGAAGUCCAAAGUUCAGUAACUUGCUAAGCACACAGAUAAAUAUGAACCUUGGAGAAUUUACAUUGCUCCAAUGUAAACAGAUAGCCAAGGGUCCCUUUAUCAGCACUGGCUCAGGACAGUCGUGGGGGGUCUGAAGUGGCUCAAUUUUGUAUUUUGUUUUUUUUUUUUGGGGGUGUAAAGGCGGGAGGCUGUGCUGUGCCCACUCUCCUGACAGUCGGGCGUGUUACCUCAGGAACAUGGUGUAGGGAAGCUGGAAGCAGGAUAACCCGAAAUUCAAAUCCAAGAGACACCAGCCUGAAGACCAUGGUCUCGAAGCUGAGUCAUCUUCAAGUGGAGCUGCUGGGAGCACUGCUGGAGUCUGGGCUAACCAAGGAGACCCUGAUCAAGGCGCUGAGCGAAGUGGAACCCUACGUGCUCCAGAGUGAAAGUCAGCGAGCUAUCAAUGCCCUCCAGACAGAGAAAGGGGAGCCCUGUCCUGACAUCCCCAACCUCCCCAAUGGAAUGGGGGAGUCCAGGUUGUCGGAAGAUGAAACCUCUGAUGACGGGGAGGAAUUUACCCCUCCAAUAAUGAAGGAGCUGGAAAACUUGAGCCCUGAAGAGGCUGCUCACCAGAAGGCUGUGGUGGAAAGACUAUUACAAGAGGAUCCCUGGCGAGUAGCCAAGAUGGUGAAAUCCUACCUCCAGCAGCACAACAUCCCUCAGCGUGAGGUGGUGGACACUACUGGUCUGAACCAGUCUCACCUCUCACAACACCUCAACAAGGGCACUCCCAUGAAGACCCAGAAAAGGGCAGCCCUCUACACCUGGUACGUCCGCAAGCAGCGAGAGGUGGCCCAGCAAUUCACACAUGCUGGCCAGGGUAUCCUGACAGAAGAGCCCAUGGGAGAUGACCUGCCCACCAAGAAGGGAAGAAGAAACCGCUUUAAGUGGGGUCCUGCCUCACAACAGAUCCUGUUCCAAGCCUAUGAGAGACAGAAAAACCCCAGCAAAGAAGAGAGAGAGGCACUGGUGGAAGAGUGCAACAGAGCAGAGUGUAUCCAGAGAGGUGUCUCCCCAUCGCAGGCCCAGGGACUGGGCUCGAACUUGGUGACAGAGGUCAGAGUUUACAACUGGUUUGCCAACCGCAGGAAGGAGGAGGCUUUCCGGCACAAGCUGGCCAUGGACACCUUCAGCGGGCCACAGCCCACCUCUGCCCCUCCUCUAACUCCUCACAACUCCUCCUCCCUCCAGCCACCAUCUGCUCUCUCACCCAGCAAAGUUCACGGGGUGAGGUACAACCAGCAGCCAGCCAGUGAGGCAGAGUCCUCCAGCAGCAACCACCAUGCGAACAGCUCAAUGGUGACCACCCAAACCAUCCUACAUCAGGUUUCUCCCCCUGGACUGGAGCCCAGCCAGAAUCUACUGAGCACAGACACUAAGCUGGUCUCAGCUUCUGGAGGAACUCUCCCUCCUGUCAGCACCUUGACUGCCUUGCACAGCCUAGAGCAAAAUCCACACCCACUGAGCCAGCAAACUCAGAACCUCAUCAUGGCAUCACUGCCAGGUGUCAUGGCAAUUGGAGCUGGUGAGACCUCAUCCCUAGCACCAGCAUUCACCAACACCGGUGCCUCCACCCUGGUGAUAGGCCUGGCCUCAACCCAGCCCCAGAGUGUACCUGUCAUAAACAGCAUGGGGAGCAGCCUCACUACCCUGCAGCCCGUCCAGUUCUCCCAGCAACUGCACCCAUCCUACCAGCAGCCCCUCAUGCAGCAGGUCCAGAGCCACAUCAACCAGAGCCCUUUCAUGGCUACCAUGGCCCAGAUACAAAGCCCUCACGCUCUCUACGGCCCCAAGUCUGAAGUGGCCCAAUACACACAUACAGGCCUCUUACCACAAACCAUGGUGAUAACAGAUACAGCCAAUCUCAGCGCCCUGACCAACCUGACACCAACUAAACAGGCAUUCACAUCUGACUCAGAGACUCACACAGAGUCUGGGAUGCAUACACCAGUGUCACAGGCACCAACAAUCCAUCUACAGAACCAAGACACAACCAUCCAGCACCUUCAGCCAGGCCCUCGCCUCACCUCAAGCCCUGCUGUGUCCUCCAGCAGCCUGGUGCUGUACCAAAGCUCUGACUCCGCCAACAGCCACAGUCAGCUGCUGCCAUCCACUCACAAUGUCAUCGAGACCUUCAUCUCCACGCAGAUGGCAUCCUCUACUCAGUAAUCCAGAGAGCUAGCUCAAGGGUGACUGCCAUGACCAACCUGUCAGGUGCCACUCCAACUGUCUUUGCCAUCAUUGUCACCACUGCCUUCCAUCGGAAGGAAAGGCUGCUGAGCUCAGCUGACCUCCAGCCCCUGCUGCCUCCUACAAAUCCCCUGCUCAGCUGCCUCCAUGAGGGAAGAUGUCUCAGGCUCAAGACAGAAGCUGUGGAAAGAUGAUGUUGGCACUGCUAAAAUCCACUGCCCUCAAAAAAGCCAAGCAAACCCAAACCCCACAAGCCAGCCUAGAAUGGCCAGACUUCCUUUUGUGGCUGCCCAAGAAGGAAUCUCAUCAGGACAGCAUUCUGAAUGCAAUAUGACAAAAAUGCAUGGGUGGGACAUUCAUUCUGCUCAGCCUUCACCAAGCUGUGUCUCUACAAACCUGGCAACACCAGACUAAACCAUGCAGGAAAGAACAAAGCUGAGUGGGCAAAGAAGGGACACCCUCUUUAAAGCACUUCACCUCCUUUGCUUUAAAGAAACUCCAGUGGUAGCUAUGAGGAAUAAUAGUAUCUUGGAGGCAAGAGUAAGAGAACCUGGUUCCUGACUGCAGUGAAAAUCACCAUGAAACAGAUUCAGGAAUGGCUUGGCACAAACCUGUCAGUAUGGGAUCACUGACUACAAGCUACAAAUCCAUUAAUUCACUACAAAAAUACCAAACAUUCUCAGUUAAAAAUGACCUGUUCUAAAAUCAUGGUAUCCUAGAGGAAAUGGUUUGGUUAUUUUUUAUAUAGGUCUGCUUUGUUUUAAAUGCAGAAAUUAAAGUUUAACAGCAGCAA